AUGGAUGGAUUUAAGGCUAAAAGAACAUCCGGACCGAUUAUGCCGCGAAAAGCGAGUGGACUUGUCCUGCAUCAGAAUAUGAAGAAGAAAGAUGAUAAGACUGUCCCUGUAUGCAGCCGAAUUGGUUGCAGUUCUCGGAUAAGUUCUACCAAGGGACCCUUGGCUGAUCACAAAGCAAAAUCCACCGUGUCUUCCUUUCGACCUCCCGUGAAUGGAAAGGAAACUGUUGGGAGUUCAUCUCGAAGUAUGAGUGGAUUUGGCGGGGCAAAAAAGGUCUCCAAAGUUAUUGGUAGGAGACAGCUCUCUUCUCUUUUGGACACGGAUUCUUCAGAGAAUAGCAGUGUUCAGGACGAGUCAGCCAUGACUGGGCGUGCUCUUCCACGUGGGAAGACCAAAGAAAGUACUAUCAGUGUUCAUUCUGAAAAUAAUGUAUCUGGAGAAGUUGUGACUGAAGCCGGAAGCUCAAGUAGUGGAAGCAUCAGAAGCAUUCAUCAGAGACCUGGUUUGGUCACCCGAGAUGCUCGUGUUGGUAAGACUGGGCAAAAUGCAAGAGCUAGUGUGAACAGGAAUGGUAUGGGAGAUUUGCAGAGCAAAUCUGUGUCUGAUGUUCUUCCAUCUAAUUCAAACCCGGCAAGAAAAAGCAACAUAUUUAGAAAGAAAAACUCUGAUGGAGAGAGCAGCUCUUCAAACAGCCGGAAUAAGACAGUUGAAUCAGUGGUUGGGGGAAGGAAUCAAAGUUCCCCUCAUAACAAUGGCAUCACCAUGUCAGAAUCUAGGAGGAACAGAAAUUUACCAAGUGUUAGGGACAACAGUGUUGUUUCGAGUAGUACUAGGAGAUUACCUGGUUAUCAUGGUAGAACAGGACGUUCUGGAGCGGUUGCAACUCUACGAGCGCCUCAGCCUGCGACACGAGCUGAUCUUAAUCCUUCUAGAUCUGCAGAAGUUUCGCGUAGUCCUUCAAAUAGUUACAGUAGACCAAUCAAUAGUAAUGGCAGGUUACGUAGCCUGAUGAUGCCUGGUAGCCCCUCACGAGCUGGCCUUUCUCGCUCUUUGAUGAACCGUGAAGGUUUUAGACGUUAUAACAUGAAUGGAGUUGCAGAGGUAUUGUUGGCGCUUGAAAGGAUUGAACAAGACGAAGAGCUUACAUAUGAGCAAUUGGCUGUUUUAGAGACCAGUCUGUUUUUAAACGGCGUGAGCAACUUCCACGACCAGCAUAGAGAUAUGAGGCUUGACAUUGAUAACAUGUCGUAUGAGGAACUAUUAGCAUUGGAAGAGAAAAUGGGCACAGUAAGCACUGCUCUAAGCGAGGAAGCGCUGCUGAAAAGCCUGAAGGCAAGUAUUUACCGUCAAACAGAUGAAUCCGGCAGCACUUGCCUGAAUAAAGAUGAUGAUGUCAAAUGCAGCAUUUGCCAGCAAGAGUAUGUUGAUGGAGAUGAAGUAGGGAGUUUGCCUUGCCAACAUAUGUACCACGUCAGCUGCGCGCAACAAUGGCUUCGGAUGAAGAAUUGGUGUCCUAUUUGUAAAACCUCUGCAGAAUCUCAGCCACAGCCAUUUUCAUGA